CUUUGCGUGAGGUACUGGGUACAAGAAGAGGUUUGUGGGUAGCUUGAUGACGUCGCCUACCAUUCUCACCAAAAUUACCGGUGCACGUACAACUAGUGGCAUAUUCUUAAGUUCUUCUCGCAAAGAAGAACGCUAUUGCUUUCCAAAAGACAUAUUUAACAAAGGUCAUUUUGAUAACUUCAUGUUGCAUAUCAUAAUAAACGCGCAACGUGAAAAAACAUAA